CCGUCGAGUAUAAAUUGUAUGAAAUAUUUAGCAGUGUUUAGUGCUACGUGUUACUGUUUAUGAUAUAUACGAUAGUGUUGUACAAAUAAUGUAUAAAAGUUCUCAUGUUUUUUAAGACUAAUUUAUACUGAUCAUCUUGCAUAAAGAAAACAUAUUUAUACAGAUAUUGUUGAUGGAUAUACGAUCAAGUGACGUGUAACAUAAUAUGCAUUUAGUGCGAAUAGAACAUACGGUGUAAUAAGUCAUCGAUUAUUUCAACAAGAUGGAUUUUGGCGCCUUGUUAUCAGUCGCACAGAAAAAUGAAACGAAAAAACAGACUGCUCCAUGCUAUCAAACAAAAUUUGCACCACCAAAGAAACAGAGUAAACAGUCUAAAAAUCUUUCUGAUAAUAUCAAGAAAUUUUUGGCUCGGAAAGAGGAAGAAGAAAAGCAGAAAGCUCUAGAAGAAAAAAGAAAGAAAGAGAAUCUUUUAGCUUUACGGGAUCACAAAACUCAAAGUCGCAUAAAUAAGCAUUUGAAAGUGUGUAAAGCAGCGAAUAAAUCAGUGAUUGCAGAUGCAAUUGACAGAGAAAAUACAGCUAUUACUAUGGCAGGUCCUUCUCAGCCUGAUGAAGAUGAUUAUGGAUAUGAAUCCCAAGCAGCAUCUGCAUUGUACACUCAGUGGAUGAACAAAUAUAAUAAUAGUUCAACUUCAGAAAAGUUCAUUUUUACCAAUAGCGAAAAAAGAACAAUAAAGGAUAUUGCAUCUACAAAGGACAGAGUAAAGCAAGCUUUAAAGCAACAAGAACUUGAGGAAAGUAACGGGCAUAGACGAAAGAGGAAAUCAUGCACUUUGGAGAUAAAAGAAGCUAACAUUGAAGAAAAAACACAGGACGAUGGUGACGACGACAUCAAAGAAGAUAUAAACGAAAAACCUAAGCAAAAGAAAAAACCACUGCCACCGCCUAUGGGUUUUGCAGAACUCUUAAAGCUCGCAGAGAAGAAACAGUAUGAACCUGUGGCUAUAGAAGCUAAACCAAAAAUUGAAGAAGAACGACUAAUGACAAAACGUCAGAAGGAAGAAUAUAUACAGGAAAAAGAAAGAAGAGCGCAACGAGAAAAGAAAGAUACUGAAGUAAAUAAAAAAACAAGCAUUACCAAUACACCCAGUAAAUCUACUAAACCACAAUUAAACAAAGUUCUUAAGAGUAACGAAAAAUCUCAGAUCUCAAAUGCAACAUCACCUAAAAGUAUAACAGCUACUCCUAAAAGUAUAACAGCUACUCCUAAAAGUAUAACAGCUACUCCUAAAAUUAUAACAGCUACUUCUAAAAAGACAAUAGACAAAUUCAGUGACAAACAUAGUGCGGAAAAAUCUGUCUCAAAUAAAAGCCCAUCUAAGAAUGAUUUAUUAGAAGAACGAAAAAAAUUGGAAGCUGAAAAAAGAGAACUUGAAGAAAUGCGACGCGCUAUCGAGGAGGAAAAAAGGAAGUUGGCGCUAAGUAAAACUAAACAGGAAAAUAUUAAAUCUCAUUCUUCUAAUAAAGUAAUGGCUAAAUUGAAAACUGUAGAUAAACAAGUGCCAGCAAAGGAUAUAAAGCCACGGCAAAACCCAUCUUCGGAUUCAAAGUUAUAUUCGUCAUUAAUUAAUAAUAAACCAAAACAACUACUUCAAUCCGACGAUAUAUCCAUGAAAUUGAAAAAAGUUAAAAGACCACUUGUAUCCAAUAAACGACGAAUCUGUGACAAUGGCAACGAGGACGACGAAGACUCAGAUAUGAAUGAUUUUAUAGAUGAUGAACCAGAGGAAAACAUAGAAGAUUAUAGUAAACAUAUUAGUGAAAUAUUCGGCUAUGAUAGAAGUAAAUAUAAUUACAUUGACGAUGAAGAUGAUACUGCUAUGGAAAGCAAUUUUGCACAGCAGUUGAAAGAAGAAUACAGGUCUGCCAAAAUAGGAAUUAUGGAAGACUUGGAAGAUAUGCGUAUGGAAGCAAAGCAGAAAAAGCAAAAAGCUUUUUUGAAACAGAAAGUCAAGAAAUAACGUGAAAUAUUUUAGCUCUAUACACAGGCGUGCGCGUUGUAUGUAUAUUUAUUUGUAUCAUCUACAAUUUUGAUAUGUAUUGAGCAAUAUAUUCAAAUUGAUAAAGAAUAUAUG